CGAGUGAACGGAAAGCGUGGCGUGCACGCGCACGCAGUGAUCAGCUGCUCUUGAACACAUGACUGAAUCUCCAGCUGAGCAACAGAAGCAUGGCAUCAUCACAGCAGAAGGCAGUGUAUUGGCUGGGAAAGGAUACGCUGAGGGUAUCGGCCGCCCUGUUUGCAGAAAACCGAAAGCGUUUGUGUAAAGGCCUGAAAUCUGAGAAGGAUCUACAGGCUGGAUCUGUUAUCGUUCUUCAAGGAGGAGAACAGACGCAGAGAUACUGCACCGACACCGACAUUGUCUUCAGACAGGAGUCGUUCUUCCACUGGACCUUCGGCGUGACCGAGGCCGAUUGCUUCGGCGCCAUCGACGUGGACUCCAAGAAAUGCGUCCUGUUCGUCCCCAAGCUGCCGGAGAGCUACGCCACGUGGAUGGGCGAGAUCCACCCGCCUGAACACUUCAAGGAGAAAUACGCCGUGGAUGAAGUGCAUCACACCACUGACAUUGCUGAUGUGCUGAGCAAAAUGAAGCCAAGUGUCCUCCUUACACUGCGGGGACUGAACACUGACAGCGGCAGCACCUGUCGUGAAGCGUCCUUUGAAGGCAUCAGCCAGUUUCAGGUGAAUAACUCGCUCCUGCACCCUGUGAUUGUGGAGUGUCGUCUGCUGAAGACUGACAUGGAGCUGGAGGUUCUGCGCUACACCAACCGCAUCUCCAGCGAAGCCCACAAAGAGGUGAUGAAACGUGUGAAGCCGGGCCUGAAAGAGUAUGAGAUGGAGAGUCUGUUCCAGCACUACUGUUACUCUCGCGGAGGAAUGCGUCACACCUCGUACACCUGCAUCUGUGGAAGUGGGAAUAACUCCUCCGUCCUGCAUUACGGACACGCCGGCUCUCCCAAUGACAGAACCAUCCAGGACGGAGACAUGUGUCUGUUUGACAUGGGCGGCGAGUAUUACUGCUACUCCUCCGACAUCACCUGCUCCUUCCCGGCCAACGGCAAGUUCAGCGCGGACCAGAGAGCCGUUUAUGAAGCCGUGCUGAAGUCCUCCCGAGCCGUCAUGGACGCCAUCAAACCCGGUGUGAAGUGGACCGACAUGCACCGUCUGGCGGACCGGAUCCACCUGGAGGAGCUGCUGAAGAUGGGGAUCCUGCGCGGGUCCGUGGAGGACAUGCUGAAGGUCCAUCUGGGCUCCGUCUUCAUGCCUCACGGUCUGGGUCACCUACUGGGCAUCGACGUCCACGACGUGGGAGGAUAUCCAGAGGGCGUGGAGCGCGUGGACGAGCCGGGGCUGAAGAGUCUCCGGAUGGGUCGUGUGGUGCAGGAGCGGAUGGUCCUCACGGUGGAGCCGGGGAUAUAUUUCAUCAAUCACCUGCUGGAUAAAGCGCUCGACUCCCCGACUCAGUGCGGCUUCAUCAACAGGGACGUCCUCGAUCGCUUCCGCGGCUUCGGCGGGGUGCGCAUUGAGGAUGAUAUCGCUGUGACGGCUGACGGCGUGGAGCUUCUGACCUGCGUUCCUCGAACCGUGGAGGAGAUCGAGGCGUUCAUGGCCGAAACGUCCAAACCCUUCAGUCCCAUCAGCAGCCAGAAACUCUGAGAUUAUGAUGAUGAUGAUGAUGAUGAUGAUGAUGACACUCCUUUUCUUCAACAUAUCAGACUUUAAACUUUAAGUAAAUGAGUAUCUUUGAUAUUUCAUUCUAUAAAGGGAAACACAACAUGUGAACGCUUCUCUAUGAUUUCACUUAUGGAAAUCAGUGUCAAAAAUGUAUUAUUGGAUCAUUUAUGCUUUCAGUCGUAACAUUUUCAGAGAUUGAUUCUUAAUAAAAGCAGUUCUCAACAUUGUUUAGCCUGAGUUCAACUUUACUCAUUUCAUUUGCAUUUUAUCCUGUUCACUUUUUGCAAGUUUGUAAGAAAACAAAAUGCUUAUUUUUAAUAAACUGUUUAACCCCAUAUGAGUUGUUUUUGUCGACCUAAACGUGUUUGAACAGCAGUAAACAGACACACACUGUGUGAAUGAAGCGCUGUUACACUUCAACGACACAAUCAUCUUUACGUUUGUUCAUGAUUUGAGCUGAAGAAGUUAAAUGUAUUUUACAUGUUUUAAAUGAUCCUGAAGUGUAAGAUUGUCUUUCUUCAUUCCAGCAGAUUCUAGAUGAACUUGUUUCCACGCGUGUAAAACAAUAGUUGAUCUGUUACUACACUAAUAUUGCCGUUGAGUCACAUGACUUCUCUUUAAUGAACUAUAAUCAGCUGAAUAAAGCGAGU